ACUCUAUCCGCGCAGUCUGCAGCUGACCGCCAUCGGACAGACUGCCGACGCAUACGUUGCCUUAUCACCCGCAACGUUUGACAUUCAGCUCGCGACUUCGUUCGACAAAGCCAAACCGGUUUCUUCGCGGGUAUUGCUUUUGUGUAAUAACUAUGUUAUCACAAACUUUUUGCAAUAUUUUUUUUUGACUUUACUAAUAUAUGAAACAAAAAAAACUUAUUAAAUAAUACUUUAGACAGAAUCAAGUGAAAACUUUCUGAAAAAUUGUUUAUUGAAAUUAUUAUUUUUCUUAUAUGCCGGAGCGUAAAAUAUCAAUAUGAUCAGUAAAUAAAAUAAAACGCGUUGUGUUCGUCGUGGGUAACAUGGAAGUGAAUGAUAUUAUUGUCGCUUGAAGUGGUCGUGUUUGUGACAGAAUAAAAAAUAGACACUCGGAGCAUUUCUCACGAGUUCACGGGUCGUUAAUUCGACGAAGGAAGGAAUCUGAACAAGGAAGUCUUUGCUGUGUCCGUUCAUCGAAGUGAUAAAAUUUAUGACAAACGGUGUUAACGGUCAGACCUUUCAAAACUAGUUGCAAGAAAGAAAAAUGAAUCGGUGGCCGCGUGCUCGCGAGAAGACACUCUCGAGAUGAGCAGAGGUUGCGUGGAGCAGUGCGCUAGUGCACUGCAGGCAGCGUGAUGCGGGCGAGCGCGCGCAGAGGCGGCGGCGCGUGUCCCGCUACCGCGCCCGCCCCUUGCGCGUGAUGCACGCGGGCAGUGCCGCGCUCCACGCGUGGCUCGUCUGCUGCGCGGCCGCGCUCUCCUCGCACAAGUACAGCACGAGGGUCGUACGAACUAAGUACGGGACGCUUCGUGGCAUUGUCGUCCAUUCGCAUCCUCAAGUCGAGGCAUACCUUGGCGUGCCUUACGCCACUCCACCACUAGGUAGCUUAAGAUACAUGCCGCCGGUGACUCCAUCCCAGUGGCGGACGACGCGGCUAGCUGACGCGCCCGGGCCGGCGUGUCCGCAGGCGCCGCCGGCUGCCGUGCCCCGGGACGACGCCUUGCUAGUGCACCCCCGCGCUCGCAUCCGACAACUAGAGAGGCUCCUACCUGUACUCGCUAAUCAAAGCGAGGACUGCCUUUACGUUAACUUGUACGUUCCUGUAAAUGGGGGCGAGGGUGACGGAGGCGGUGGCGGGCUUCCUUGUCUCGUGUUUGUUCACGGAGAGUCUUAUGAGUGGAGCACGGGUAACGCGUACGACGGCACAACUCUAGCCGCGCAAGGCAACAUCGUUGUAGUCACUAUCAACUUUAGGUUAGGUGUACUGGGUUUUUUAAAGACUGGUGCUAAAGGUUCGGCGCAGGGUAACUUUGGGCUGAUGGACCUUGUGGCGGGACUGCACUGGCUCCGGGAAAAUCUGCCCGCCUUCGGAGGUGAUCCCGAAAGGGUUACGCUUAUGGGUCACGGAACUGGAGCCGCCCUGGCCAACUUUCUCGCAGUUUCACCUGUUGCUCGGGAACUAUUGAAGCGAGUUAUCUUGUUAAGCGGGUCGGGGCUCAGCUCGUGGGCGUUGCAGAGAGAGCCGCUGACGAUAAAAAGAAAGGUGGCGGAACAGACCGGGUGUCACGGAGACUUAUUGGAGGAUGACUUGGCACCGUGCUUGCGAAACAAGCCGCUCUCUGAGCUUCUAGCUGUUAAGCUCGACCCCCCAAGGUUCCUGCCUGGAUUCGCGCCCUUCGUCGAUGGCACUGUUAUUGUGAAUCCAACAUCGGCACCGCCUCCUUCUGACAGCACAAGACUAGGGGCAGGCGCCGCUGCAGUCGCCAACGCUGCGGGUUACGAGCUCGCUGACUUCUCACACAGAGAAUUACUAUUUGGACUCACGACCACUGAGUCGUAUUUGGAAUUCAGCGCGCAAGACUUAGAGUUUGGUUUCAAUGAAAGCAGACGAGAUCGCAUACUUCGCACAUUCGUAAGGAACGCCUAUUACUACCACCUAAACGAAAUAUACUCAACGUUGAAAAAUGAAUACACCGAUUGGGACAAGCCUGUGCAGAAUCCACUUAGCGUUCGGGAUGCAACUCUAGAGGUGCUCAGUGACGGCCGGACAGCGGCGCCUUUGAUCAGGCUCGGAUAUCUCCACGCGUUACGCGGUGGCGUCACUUACUUCACGCAUUUUCACCAUCUCUCUCAAGAUAAGGACUAUCCACAAAGACCAGGUUCAGUUCACGGGGAAGAGUUACCUUACUAUCUUGGAGUGCCGCUAUCACAAAUGCAUAACCAGCGGAACUAUACGCAACAGGAGCAAAAAGUAUCCAAACUUUGUUUGCACUACAUCGCGAACUUCGUCAAAUAUGGUAAUCCGAACGAUCCAUCAGCAACUCCUCCUCCCAGUCCGAUGCUCGGUGACGCCCCGCGGCUCGGCCCAGACCAGACCCCGUAUUGGGAUACCUACGACACUAUCAAUCAACUUUACAUGGAAAUCAGUAGCAAGGCGGAGAUGAGGAGCCACUAUCGCGGGCACAAGAUGUCCCUGUGGUUGUCUUUAAUACCGCAGCUACACCGUCCUGGGCCUGAUCUACCCGACGCCACUAUGCGACACCACCAUUUUCAAGAAGACAACGCUAACUAUUAUGAAGGUGCCGUGAGGCCGCAGUCUAUGUCUCGAGCACACAUACCGCACGUGGUGAACAUCGAUGUCGGUCGCAGUGGAGAGACACGCACCACUCCUCCCACACGCGUCUCGCCCCCGCGUCCCUCUCCAAUGCCUCCUGUACCCUCAACUGAGUGUCCACCGAACGUCACGGCCACACCUAUUCAAACAGAUGACGCUCUACUCCGACGGCUCGCGUCUUCCCAUUACCAGUCUUACACCGCCGCACUCACAGUUACCAUAGCAGUCGGAUGUUUUUUGUUAUUACUAAACGUUUUAAUAUUCGCUGGUAUUUAUCACCAACGGGGCUCCCGACCUCGGCGUUCCAAGGACGAUCUCGCCGAGGCCGGGAGUUCCUCUUCCUCUGAUAAUUACGACGGUAAAUUGGACUACGAAGUGCGCACGUUUGACGGGAAAGGUUUCGGGUUUGAGUGUAAGUCGGCGCACGUGCCUCGCGGUUUUGGAUCUAAGUUUGACUUACGGACGUUGUCGGACUGCGGGGAGCCGACAUUCGGUGAGUACAGCUGCUACGAAGAAAAACAUCGAGCGGCACGAAGCUCGAUGCCAGAUGUCAGUGUCGGCAGCGCGAUCGAGGCCGGUAGUCUCGUCUGUAUAGACACUCAGAAGCCCGAUAUACAAAAAGUGGAGGGGCGAUCGCAGGACCCUGUUGGUAGAACGAGUACGUUCGAGCCUCGUGUUGUAGAUAGUUCGACUCAGGUUAAAUUUGGGCCAGAGUCUUCAGAAAAUACGGCAGAAUGCAAUGAAUCUGAGUCCGGAGGUGCGAGUGGGUCUGGGAUACUGCGUGUUCCGACCGCAGCCGCUACGCCAGCGCCUCCUGGUAUCAUGAAGAAGAGAGUGCAAAUACAAGAGAUUUCCGUAUGAGGGUUUCUCGAGACCGCUGCCGAGGUGGUUGUCAAUAAACGGACUAAAUUAUGAUUUUACUAUAUCGGUGUAAAUAAAUAAGAAUGAUCGUGUAAGUUUUCUUGUAAAUACAUCAAAUUAAUAUAUGCCAGAUAGUUAAAUAAAUUGGACAGUGAUAUUAUUUAGGAAUAACAUUUUAAUUUCAGAGAACAGUGAAUGUUAAUUUCAAGUUAUUCUGAGUUGAAAAUUGGAAACAUAACACCCGAGGUAAUAAAAUAUAUCUGAAUGUUUUAUACGUUUUCAAUCUGUUGCUCAUAAUUUUACGUGGAUAUUUUAAUUAUUAUAAUGAACACCAGAGAUUGCGUAAAAUACGUUAAUGUUAUCAUUAUGUUUUCUACAAUAUUUGAAAUAUUCUUUAAAGUCGUAUCUGCGCCUAAUUAUAUCUUCUGUGCGAAAUUAUAUAAUAUUUGAAUAAUGCAAUAAAUUAGUGACAAAAGACUUUAAUACCCCAUUAGCUGUACAUAAGAAAUAUCAAACGAUGUGUCUCACUUUGUAAGUUAUGUAAGUCAAUAAUAACAUUAGGGAUACAUGUAUGUUGUAUUUUUUUGUUUCGUGAAGUUACCUCAAAGUGACGUGUAUUGAUUUCGAGUAGUUUUUGAUAAGUCAAUAUUUAAAAAUAAAAAUUAAUCAUUGAAUGGACGAGUACAAUACUUGUUGGAUCAAAAUAAACUGUUUUUUUUUGUUGUUUAAAAGAAACAGUGCCGCAAUUGCUAAGCUUAGUUCGUUUGUUUGGUAAAUAACUUUUUCACGUUUUAUGUGUUAGGGAUCGUCUAUCUAUCAAAUUUACUUGGUGGUUUUAAAUACGGCCCCUUAAUAACUAUUAUAAUACAUUAUUAUAUUAAUUUUAACGUACAGAAAGGUAAUCAGGGUAUUAAACAAAAGCUAUGUGAGCUAGCGAGUCCAUACCUGCAAUCUAAUUUAUGUUUAACGCCGAGAAUAUUUUCAUAGCUUUUUUUUCUUUAAAUUGUAUUCACAUUCACUCAUCUUUUAUAAUUUACGUCUUAAUCAAAUACAAUUAUUUGUAUCCUGUAUAGUUUGCCUUGUCAAUUAUGUGGCAAAUUUUCGAUGUAUCUCGAGUUUUUCACCGCAUCAUAAAUAAUAUUCUCUAGCAAACGCAAAUCCCUGAGAAUUCAUUCUUUUAUCGUAUGUAUAAUUAAUUUAUUGAAAUUAAAAAUACUGAUAAUCUGAAACGCGACGUACUCGCCAUUUCUUAUAUGAUUUUCAUAUAACUAAAUUAUAUUAUCUAAUUUAGUAAUUGUGUUUUGUGUAUGUAAAUAAAUGAAAGUAAUAAUAGUUUGAUAUAUAAUGUAACAUACAUAAGUACUCGUCCAUGUUUUUAUCUUCAGAGGAAUUGAUGAUGAUUAAGUAAAGAUGAAUGUGCGUUUGUAACACCAUUUUCCAUAUUGUGACAAAAUGUUGCCUACUUUAUUUUAAAUGAUACAGUAAUUUAUUUAUGUGUUUGUUAUGUAAUUACAUAAUUUAUAGUUAAUUAGCACUUAAAAAGAAAAGCCAUCUUAUGUGUAUUAUGUAAAUUUUUAAUUACGCUAUGCACACCUAAUGCCUUAUACAGAGUCAUUUUUGGUUAAUUGAAGUGAACAGAGAUCGCAUUCACUUUAAGGAAAAAUAUUUUGCAUGACAUACAACUUACAUAUAUCGUAAUUUGAGCAUAAAUUGUAAGCUGUUAUAAAUUUAAUUGAUUUAAAAUCAAAUUUUAAAGCAUUUUCAAAUGUUUCAACACUAUAAAAAGUAAAGUGGAAUUGAUUUAUUCAUUAUUAUGUUAUAGCUUUAGAUUAAUAUGUAGAAUUUUCAGACAUCACUGAGGAUUAUUGUUUUAAAUAAUGUGUACUAAUGGAAUACGCAAACGUAUACCACCUAAAGAUAAAAAGAAAUACAAAUGUACUGCUUAAAAGAUUUUUCGUUUGAGGCAAAUGAACUAAAUUCAAUCAUAAUGAUUUUUAAAUGGAGAUUUCAAUGUUAAUCUUAAAUUUGUAACGUCCAUUGUUUUGCAUUUAUUAGUUUCAAUGUUUGUUAAUUGUAAAUAUAUAAUUUUAUUAUUGUUGUAUUAUCGUUCAUAGAUUGAAAAUCUAUAGUAAUUAGUGGAAUUGCGAAUGUAGACAAAAGUAAAAUUGAUGACUUAUUUACACGUUACGUGCCCGAUAGUUUUAGUCCGUACGAUUGCAUUUUGUUACAAUGCGGCAUAUGGAGUUAAUAACUUGUGGUGUCAAAUAAAGAAUUGAGUAAAA